AUGGAACAUCUUAAGAUGCUGAGCCUAUUAUCCUAUUUGCUUGGCUUAUUAAUUUUUCCAAGUGUACAAGGAGGAAUUGGGUUCAAUUCAAAGGAUCAGUCGUUGUGCGUUCUCCAAGAUGAACCAAGACAGUGUGGCUCCUUUUGCCUGGCCGCUCUCAACCCGAUAUUCGACGAUACUGAUAGUAUGCGAAUGACGUUGGAUGAAAUCAAGGCAGAACUGAAGGCCGGAUUCGAUUCGAGACUCAAGCUGGCGGAAGAACAACAUAUGGCGGUGAAUUCCGAAAUGAAGAAUCAACUGCAGGAACUUAAGAAAAAAAUGGAGGGCCAGCACACUGGCCUUCAGGAAUCCGUGAGCAAGAUCAUCACAAAAGAUGACUUCGCGAAUUCAAUUAAGGCUCUGCAGACCAAGCUGGAUUCGAGAUUGGACAGAACGGAGGAACAACUUAGGACGAUGAAAAUAACAGCCAAUGCCAACGAUGAACUCAAACUCCAAGUAACUACUUUGAAAGAUACAAUAAAAGACUUACAGAGUAAGUUAAAAAUAUCCGAAGGUCAAAUCAAAAGCAAAGAAGAUAUUUUAAAGGUGAAAGAGGGGCAAAUCAAAAGCCAGCAAGAACUCCUUAAAAAUAGAGAUGAACAAAUCUCGGACUUUAGGACUCAAAUUAAAGCGAUUGAGAAAACAAAAUCAGAACUAUCUAGUCAGCUUUCGGAAUACCAAAUAAAACUCAGGGAGAUGGAACCAUUUAAGGUGUCAUGUGCGUCGUCUCCACCUGGUUGGACUGUAAUUCAGAGACGCAUUGACGGAUCUGAGAACUUCGAGAGAAAGUGGCAUGAUUAUAAAUCUGGAUUUGGGAAUGUCAGGGGAGAAUUCUUCAUCGGGCUGGAAAAAUUGCAUCGGAUGACUGAGGCACGACCCCACGAACUCUUCAUUAAACUUGGGCUGGUUAAUGGAUCCACCAGUUACGCUCACUAUGAUGACUUUAUGAUUGGGAGUGAGGAGGAAUUGUACGAGUUGAAGAAUUUAGGGAAAUAUUCUGGUGAAGCCGGAGACUCCCUCGAAUUUAAUAAGAACCAAAAGUUCUCCACAUUUGAUCGGGAUAAUGACAAUCAUAAAGGAAAUUGUGCCUCUAGAUAUGGUGCAUGGUGGCACAAUAACUGUGGAUCUAGUGCGCUCAAUGGAAAAUACUUGAAAGAAGGCAAAGGUAUAGGAAUUCAUUGGGGCUCAUGGCAUAAAUUCAUAAAUAAUAUAUCACUGAAGUUCGUUGAAAUGAUGAUAAGGCCCAAGUUCUUAUGA